UCCGAUUUACACUGAGCUGACGAACUGUGAUUGAAACUGACGGAUGAUUGUUGAUCAGUUGUGUAUUUGCUGUGAUAAUGACAUGUUCUGAUAAAAUGAUCAUCGUGUAAAUGGUCCCUGAUCAAUAUCUUGUGCUGGGUGCUGCAUGUUGUCCAGUGACUCACAGCUUCAGGCUGUGUUGUUCUUUCUGAUGACCGCUGACAUUCUGCUGCAAACUUUAAUCCACCUGACGAUGGAUUAGUGGAUAAAGACGUGUGCAUGUGACGUCCAUAUCAAUAAAGAGGGCACGGCGGGUCAGUAAUUUGCCUGGUUGGACUUUUGCGCUGAUGACUCAGGGAUUUUUGCUCUAUGCCCAGGAUCAAGACUUUUGGCAGCGAUGCCAGCGCUUUAAAUCCCCGCUCAUUGAAAAACCAGCUAAAGUGGGAUCUGCUCACCCUUUGAUUGAGGUUUAUAAAGCGGGGCUCCGGUCCUGCUUUGUGAGACCACCAAUUUUCCGUCGGCGACCGGCUCCAGUACUCUUUGCAGGAUGAGUAGUAAGAUCACCUUCUACGAGGACAGAAACUUCCAGGGCCGCUCCUAUGAGUGCGACACCGACUGCCCUGACAUGCACCCCCACUUCAGCCGCUGCAACUCCAUCAAGGUGGAGAGCGGCUGCUGGGUCCUGUACGAGAAGCCCAACUACACCGGCUACCAGUACGUCCUGACCCGAGGGGACUACCCUGACUACCAGCGCUGGAUGGGCUACAACGACACCAUCCGCUCCUGCCGCACCUUCUCCUAUACCAGCGAGGGCCCCUACCGCAUGCGCAUCUACGAGCGGCCCAACUUCCAGGGUCAGAUGAUGGAGUUCAGCGAGGACUGUGAGUCGGUGCAGGAUCACUUCCGCAGCCGCGACAUCUACUCCUGCAACGUCAUGGACGGCUACUGGACCCUGUACGAGCACCCCAACUUCCGUGGGCGCCAGUACUUCAUGAGGCCCGGGGAGUACCGCAAGUUCAGCGACUGGGGGGCCACCUGCGCCGCCACCGGCUCCUUCCGCAGAAUCACAGAGUUUUAAUUUGAUAUCGUUUUGAUUUUAUUUAUAUUUUAGAUUCAUGAGAAAGAGGAAAAAAAACACCCAGUAACUUCUCUUAAAGUCUAUUUGUGGAAUCUGGUAAUGAGAUAAUGUGGAGUGGGAUGUUUCAUUGGGCUGUGAUCAACAAGAUGUUAUUUUAAAAAGCUG